AUGACAACUUUUGAUAAAUUGGAAAUUGCAGGAAUUAGAAGUAUUAACCCAGAUAAACCAGUUGAAAUAGAAUUCUUCAAACCAUUAACUUUAAUAACUGGUCCAAACGGAGCAGGAAAAACAACUAUUAUAGAAUCUGUAAGAUAUGCAUGUACAGGAACUCCUCCACCAAACUCAAAUGGAGGAAGAUUAUUUGUUAGAGACCCAACAAUGUCAGCAACAAAAAAGACCGACGCAUAUAUCAACCUUUCAUUGGAUACUUCAAAAGGAAAAUUAACAAUUUCAAGAAAAUUAGGAGUUUCUAUUAGUCUUGGAAAAACAAAAUUUUCAUCAAAAGAAGCUAAAUUAGAAUUAGACGGACAAAAACAUGAAAUAAAUGAUGGAACUCUCACUAGUACAAUAGAAACAUCAGCAGUAAUGUUAGACUCAGUUUUGUUUUGUCAUCAAGAAGAUUCGUUUUGGCCAUUUGAAGAACCAAAAAAACUCAAAGAAAAGUUUGAUGAUGUAUUUGGUACAAGUAAUUACACUAAAUUCCUUGACGACGUUUCAAAACUUCAAAAAAGUUGUAAAGAAAGAUCAAAAGAAACUGAGUUAAGAUUUGUUAAAAUCUCAGAAGAUUAUAACAAACUAAAAAGAGACCAAAACGAAAUUCAAAAAAGUCAACAUGAUAUUGAUGAAAAAAAAAUGAUUAAAUCUCAAAGACUUCAAGAAAAAGAACUUAAAACUAAAGAAAUUGAAUCACUUAACUCUCAACUUGAUGAAUUACAAAAAGAAAGUAGAAGGAAAGAAAAUUACAUGACUCAAAUUAAAAGGUAUAAGGAUGAACUUCAAAAUUUUAAGAGAAUUCCCUCUAAUAAUAGAGAUCAAUUGGAUAUUUUAAUUACAAGUUUAAAUGAAGAAAUUAAAAAAUUAGAAACACAAAGUAUUGAUGUUCAACAAAAAGUUAAUAAAGAAGAACAACAUCAAGAAUUGAGUAAGCAAAUUCACAACCAAAUGAAAGGUCAAACUUUAUUAGAAAAUGAUUUAAAAAAUAGAAGAGAAUUAGAAAAAGAAAUAAAUGAAAAGAUUCAAGGAGUUGAAAGUGUUGAAGAGAAAGUGCAUAACGAAAAGAUCAAAAACGAAGAAAAACAAAAAGAAAUUGAAGAAGAAAAGAAAAAAGAAGAAAAAGAACUUGAAGAUAUGAGAAAAGAAGUUAAUGAAAUAAAAAAUGAACUUGAAAAUAGGAAGUAUAAUGUUCAUGUAAAACAAGAUGAUGUUAAUAACAAAACUACAGAAAAUGAAAGGAAAAAGAAAAGGGACCAAGAAAUGCAAGAAGAAAUUAAUGAAAUGAAAAAAGAUAUUAUUCAAAAGAAUGAAGAAAUUAAUGAUUUAAAAAAACAGUUGUCAAAAGAAUUAUUUGAAGAAAAAGAACAAAAAAGUAAAAUCAAAUUAGAGGAAAUUAAAAAAGAUAUUGAAGAAAUUGAUAAUGAAAUAAAUAGGGCAUUAGAAAAUGUUCAACAACAAAUUAAAAUAGAAAGGUUAAUGAAAGAGAUUAAUGAAAAUGAAACAGAAUUAGAAAAUUUUAAAUUAACUGUUGGUAAAGAUCUUCAAGGAAAAGAGAAAGAUAUUGAUGAGAUAAUAAAAAAACAAAAAAAUGAAAUUUUAAGUAUGAAAAAUGAUAGUGAAGAAACAAAACGAAAUAUUGUAAAAAUAGAAAUGGAAAUUAAACGACUUACUCAAGAAAAAGAAGAAAAACUAUUUCAAUUAAAUAAAGCAAAAAAAGAAAUUAAUGAAUUGGGUAAUAAAGAAAAGAAUAAAGAACGAAUUAUUCAAUUAAGAGAAAUGGAAAGGGGAAUUUGGACAGCAGCAGAACAAUUAGUUCAUAAAGCAAUGGAAAAUGGAAUAUGUCCUGUUUGUGGAAAUAAACAUAUUGAUAAUGAAGUCAUUAAUGAAAGAAAAGAAGAAAUUAAAAAAAUGGGAAGAUUUAGUCAAGAAGAAAAAACAGAAUUAAAAAAUCUAGAAGAAAUUGAAAAGAAAAGAGAAAAUAAUCAGAAAGUCAUUGAGGAAAAUGAGGAAAGAAUUAUACAAAUUGAAAAGGAAUUAAAUGAAAUGGAGAAUCAGCUACAAGAACAAUAUCAAUAUAGAGACAAUCUUGAUUCAAAUAUAGAAAGAAACAUUAAUGAAAUUGAAAAACAAGAAGAUUUGUAUGAACAAAUAAAAGAAAUGAUUAAAAAAGAAGAAGAAAAUAAAAGAAAACAAGAAGAACUGAAUGAAAUUCAAACAAAAGAGCAAACAAGGAGUGUUAAUGAAUUAAAGGAAAUUAAAAAUCAAUUAAAUUCAAAAUUAAAAGAAGAAGAGAUUUGUAUGCAGACAAUCAUAAAAUCUAAAGAACAAGAAAAAGAGAAAUUGAAUAAUAUAGAAAAAAAAAGUUUAAAUAUAAAAGGAUUAACACAAAUGAUAGAUGAAAAAGAAAAAAAUUGGAAAAGAACAGAAAAUGAAAUAAAGGAAUUAGAAAGGUUAAUAAUUACAAUAAAAGAGGAAAUUAGACAAGAAAAUAAAAUUAUAGAAAGCAAAGGAAAAGAAGUUAAUAAAAGAUAUCAAGAAAAAGAGUCUCGACAAAAGAUUUAUAAUGAAAGAAAUGAAAAAAGAAAUAUAGAAAUAAAAACAAUUCAAGAAAAGCUAAGAAAUAUUUCAGUUUGGGAAACUUCAUUAAAGAAGUCUAAAGGAGUAAAAGAAUUAGAAGAAGUUUUUGAAGCAAAUCAAAAGAAACUUGUGAAUGACCAAUGCAUGUUAAAAUUAAUAGAACAAGAAAUUGAAAUAUUAAGACAAACAAGUGGGGAUGUACAAGAUAAAAUUAAUACUAAAAAACUAAAAAUUAAAGAAUAUGAAGAAGAUAAAAGGUAUAUAGAGACUAAAGAAUGUCUUGACUCAAUUCAAAAUGUUGUUGAGAGUCCAAAUUACAAAGAAUGUGAAGAAAAGAUAGAAAAAACAAAAAAAGAAAUAAAGUCCUGUGAAAAUAUUAGAGAUAAGUUAAUGAAUGAAGUUAGUGAAAUUGAAGGAGAAUUAAAAAUAUUAACAGACAACAUACUUAGGCACAAAGAAGAUAUAAAUAGACUUAAUCCAAAUGGAAAGUUAGAAACAGAAUAUGAUGAAUUAUCAAUUCGAAGAAUUGUUGAAAAAAAUACAAUUGAAGAUUUAGAUAAAUAUAAAGGAGCGGUAGGAAGAGCUAUGACAAAGUAUCAUAGAGAGAAAAUGAAAGAAAUUAAUGAUAUUAUUAAUGAUUUAUGGUCAGGUGUAUAUGCAGCCCAAGAUAUUCAAACAGUUAAAAUUGUUGCUGAAGACCCUAAUCAAGAAGGGGCAAGAACAACUUAUAACUAUCGAGUGGAUAUGGUUAAAGAUGGUAUUCCCAUGGAAAUGAGAGGAAGAUGUUCUAUGGGUCAAAAGGCAUUAGCCUCAGUAAUUAUUAGAAUUGCUCUUGCUAAGACAUUUUGUUCUAAAUGUUCUGUUUUAGCAUUAGAUGAACCAACAAUUAAUUUAGAUGAAGAAAAUUGUACAUCUUUGGCACAACAAUUAUGCAGUUUACUUGAGUCACAAGGAAAGUUAUCAAAUUUCCAGAUUAUCUUAAUUACACAUGAUGAGAAUUUUGUAAAGAAAUUAUCUAAUUUUAAUGAAGAAUUUUAUCGAAUAGAACGGGAUAAUGAAAAUUGUAGUUGUGUUAAAAGAAUGUCAUUCAAUGGAUUGAUUUAA